GCCUCAAGCACAAAGAGAGUGAAGCCAUUUCAGGUCGACAUGAAAAUUUAAGGGCAUCCAGUCAAAUUUAAGCUCGACACUGGAAGUAGUGUCACAGUCAUGAAUGAAACGGAGUACAAGAAAAUAUGCAAGACCCAAGUCAGCCCAACAUUAGAGAAAACUGAGAUGUGUCUAAAAACAUACACGGGGGAGCAAAUCCAUAUUUUGGGAGUAGCUAGGGUCAAAGUUACUUAUCAAAAGCAGACAACGUCCUUACCCUUAGUGGUGGUCAACGGUAUAGGGCCAAAUUUGCUCGGCAGGAACUGGCUGGAAGAAAUUCAGUUAAAUUGGGCAGAAAUAAAGUAUGCCCAUAAUGAAUCAAUGACACUGCAGCAGGUACUUCAGAGACAUGCCUCAGUCUUUAAAGAAGAAUUGGGCACACUGAAGGGAAACUCCGCAGUCAUCCAUGUGGCAGAAAAUGCCACACCAAAGUUUUAUAGGCCCUGAUCUGUCCCCUACGCCAUGCGAGCGAAAGUUGAGCAAGAAAUUAAUAGAUUAUUGAAAGAGGGCAUCAUCACACCUGUUAAAUAUUCCGAAUGGGCGGCCCCAGUAGUUCCCAUUUUGAAGCCCGAUGGCACAGUCAGGUUGUGUGGGGACUAUAAAUUGACAGUUAAUCAGGUGGCUUCAUUAGAGCAAUACCCAAUCCCCAAGCUGGAAGAUUUGUUCGCAGUGCUGUCAGGAGGACAGAAGUUUUCCAAACUAGAUAUGAGUCAUGAAUAUCAACAGAUCACGUUGGAUGAGCCGUCCCAGAAAUAUGUGACCAUAAAUACACAUAAAGGACUUUUUACAUAUAGUCGCUUACCGUAUGGGGUCUCCUCAGCACCAGCUAUAUUCCAGAGGACAAUGGAGAGUCUGCUACAAGGGGUAACACAGGUAGCAGUGUACUUGGAUGACAUCAUAGUCACAGGGACAACCGAGGAAGACCAUUUGAGGAACUUGGGAGAAGUACUGAAGCGGCUGGAAGAAGCCGGCCUGAGACUGAAAUGAAACAAGUGCGCGUUUAUGGAAACAGAAGUGCAGUACCUGGGACACAUUGGAUCAAAAGCGCUGUUGAGAUCUGCAGAUGUGUUGGUGCACUACUCAGCCAGUCAAGAGCUUAUUCUUUCAUGUGAUGCUUCUCCAUAUGGGGUAGGAGCGGUCUUAUCGCACAAGAUGGAGGACGGGAGUGAAAGACCUUUGGGGUUCAUGUCACGCACCCUGACGCCAGCAGAAAGACGCUAUUCCCAACUAGACAAAGAAGGACUGGCAGUGAUUUUCGGGAUCCAAAGAUUCCACAAGUAUUUGUACGGACGGAUUUUUACUAUUGUCACUGACCAUAAACCCCUGAUAACCUUGUUCAAUGAGAGGAAACAAGUACCACAAAUGGUAUCUCCAAGGGUACAGCGCUGGUCUGUGUGGCUUAGAGCCUACAAGAACAAAAUUGUGUACAAACCGGGAAAGCAGCACGCAAAUGCGGACGCACUAAGCAGACUGCCUGUGCCUGAGUCGGGGGAUGAGGGAGAGCAGGGGGAGGACAAGGUGUUGAUGCUUGAGUUGUUAGACACCGCUCCCCUGAAUGCAGAACAAAUUAGGAAAUGGACAGCUCAAGAUGUGAUCUUGUCACAUGUACGUGAAUAUGUUCUGAAAGGAUAGCCCGUAGUAACAGAUUCCAGGUUGCAACCAUACUACUCAAGAAGGCUAGCUUUGAGUGUCAGAGAGGGCUGUGUCUUGUGGGGUGCAAGAGUGAUCGUACCUCCACAAGGGCGAACAAUCCUGUUGAGACAGUUACAUUGCACACAUGCAGGAAUGUCCAAAAUGAAGGGAUUGGCAAGAUCAUUCGUAUGGUGGCCAGGGAUGGACAAAGAGGUGGAGAGAGAAGUGAGCAGUUGUGGGGAAUGCCAAAAGAAUGCGAAGAGUCCACCAUUGGCUCCACUUCAUACAUGGGAAUGGCCUGAGAGACCAUGGUCUAGACUACAUGCAGACUAUGCAGGCCCUUUCCUAGGGAAGAUGUUCUUGGUGAUUGUGGAUGCACAUUCAAAAUGGAUGGAAGCUUAUGCCAUGAACUCAUCCACUUCCCAAGCGACUAUUGAGAAACUAAGGCAAAGUUUCAGCACACAUGGAAUACCGGAAUGUCUCAUCACAGAUAAUGGAUCAUGUUUCACUAGUGCUGAAUUCGAGGGAUUCUUGAAGCAAAAUGGUGUUCGCCAUUUCACAUCUGCUCCAUACCAUCCCUCAUCGAAUGGAUUGGCCGAGAGGGCCGAACAAACCUUAAAAGAUGGACUAAAGAAAACGCCAGGCGAGACAGUUGACACAAAGCUUUCCAGAUUCCUGUUCAGUUACCGAAUUACCCCUCACUCCACCACUGGAAAUUCUCCAGCUGAGAUGCUCAUGUCCAGAAAACUAAGAUCGACCUUUGACCUGUUGAUACCGGAUCUAAAAGCAAAGAUACAAGAGAGGCAAUUGAGGCAGAAACAAAUUCAUGAUCCAGGCACCAAACUGAGAAAUUUCCAACCUAGUGAUGAAGUGUUCAUCCGAAACUACAGUUAUGGUCCGAAGUGGGUUCCCGGAGUCAUUAACAGUUGUACAGGUCCAGUGUCAUACAGCGUGGUCAUCGGUAAUGGUCAAAGUCUGCGCAGGCAUGUGGACCAGAUGAGAGCAAGGUACACUAAGGAACCUCUGCAACCAGAUCCAGAGAGGGUCCCAGAAGAAGUGUCAAACGGUUCCGAGGGUUCAGUGACCCUGACUCCUCUGGCAACUAAGGAUUUUUCCAUGGAGGCAGAGUUGAGGGAGACUGUACAAACUGUUCCUGGAAAAGCUGUGAGUCCAGAGCAACCCCCAAACCCUGAGACUACAACCUUGAGACGAUCUGAGAGAGAGAGAAAUUCUCCAGCUUACCUGAGAGACUUUGUGAGAUAA